UGAGCAGUGUGUAGCUGAGUCUGUAGUUUUGUUAUUAAGGCAAGAAUCAGUUUGUUUUUUGUCCAGUCACUGUUUCUGCACUUCCGAUCCACAUACAGCACCCACUACAGUAUAUUUAAAUCACUAUAAAGAGCGGGACAUUGAGAACUCUUAAAGUGAAAAAUGCUUAAGAUGCCGUGAUGUACUAAGAUACAAAAAAUCUAAUUCAGUUUACACUAUAAAUGAUGCAUGCUAUACAGACAAGCAGAUGAGCCCAGAAUAUAAAUGCAACACUCUAAUUUGCAUGUUAGCCACUUUAUAAUUGUUUUUUAAGAAAAAAAAGUCCCUGUCGUAUAGGUAUGUGCUUCACAAUAUCUUGAAAUUCAGUUCAUGCUAUGUCGUUAUUAUCGUAAUAACGAGUUUCUGACUACUAACUUGUAAAAUGAAGGGGUCCUAUUGAUUUUGUUAUUGGGCUGUACUAGAAUAGGUUUUCAUGGUAGAUUGUUAUUUAUUUAUUUUUAUACAUAUUUUACAUUUAUUCCUGCAUCUUUUUCCCAGUCUGUCUCUUGAAAACUCCUUUUAGAGUGGUCCCUGAGCUUUGUAACCUUCUUUGUCUUGUGCAUCUUUUUAUGCACAAACAGCAACAUUACAUAAAAAGUGAAAAAGCAUAAUAGGACCCCUUUUAAUAAGUAAUUAAUAACUUGCACAUUUAGUUUUUUUAAUCUAUUUACCUUUAUUUAUUUAUUUAUUUAUUUAUUUGGAGAUGCAGAGGAGUUUUCAGUUGUAUUUUCAUUUAAAUACUAACAUUGUCUCUUUUCCUCCGUAACCUUUUUAGGAGAAAAAAAAGACAUAUUUUGGUCACAACUAAGAUCAUUGGGUUUUUGAGGAUUUGAUGAGAAAUGUUUAAGUUUGCAGACUUUGUAAUGUUGGAAAAUUUGAGCACAGUUAAAGAUGUUAAGAUCUCUUCUGAAACUCUAGAGGAGAUGUGCAAGAUUACUGGGGGUCUUUUUCACAGGAUAAACAGGAGAAUUAAGCAGAAACAAAGAACAUCAAAGAGUUGGAUUUGUGGACCUGAUACAGCCAACACAUCUGCAUGUCUGUAAAGUUUAGUACAUAACACAGUGAACAGAUGAGUUCAAACUCCGAAGUAGAACUAUUUGGUUUAAAUGGGAAGCAUUAUUACACUUUGACAGGCAGCUUUAGCUUUGCUGCACAGCAUCUCUUCGUCAUCUUGCUGCAGAAUUCUUAGGGCAGAGACUCCUCCUUGGUCGAGUUGGACUGCUCUACUGAAAACCUGUUUAAGAAGCUUGUGGAAUUUGUCUCGCUCUCUCUUAUCAGUGUUGUUUCUCUGGUUGAAGAGUGGGGUUUGGGGACCUUUUUUCCCUUUUUGCUACCACCACUUCAGUUUUACAGCGUUUACAACAUUUAAUUAUUCUGUUGGUGGUGUUUUUUUUUUGUUUGUUUGUUUUGCCCUAUACAUGUUUUGUUUGACUUUAAAUUCGUAUUUUCUAUAUUGAAUCUAGUUUUGUUAAGUGCCCCCUUAAUGUUGUGAAUUUCAGCUGGUUCAUAACAUGCUGCCAUAUUCAGAAAUCAACAAAACUGGUCCACCUGUUUUACACACGCCCAAUUUUUUUUUCAAAGUUUAUCUCUCUCUUACAGGUAAAACCUAAACUAGUUGAACCAGUUUAAAUCAAAAGUGAAAAUGUUUUAACAGCCUCAAUUCAGUAAAAAGAAGAACACAGGCAACACCAGUAGAGAAAACUGUGAAUAAUGUGAAUCAAUUUAAGGUUUUAUGCUGCUAUCUAGAGACAGUGUGGAUUUUGUGUUAGCGUUUGUUCUUCAUUGUUGACACAGAGCACUGCCUGUAAAAUGAGUGUCCAUGAAAAGACAGAGCAGGUGGAGGAGGAUGAUCUUCAGACACAUAAAGCAGCAUCUCCAGAACCCAGCUGUGUGUCUAUGAAGAGUGAGGAGUCCAUCGGGAAACUCCGCCCUAGGCUCAGUGAAGCAGUGACCUCUGACUCUGACACACCUGCAAGUCGAAAGAGGAAAAAAACAGAAAAGGAGAUAGAACCUUCUGGAAGAGUGAAAAAGCGCAAUGUGAUCAGAUCAGUGACGCCCCGUCUGACAGUCAUCAGACAGAAAGUCAAAGACCAACACAAAACCAGCAUGAAGAACAAGUAUGAAAGAUUAUUUGAGGGAACCAAACUAGAAACUAAUCAAAUCCUCCUAAACAGGGUCUACACACAGCUCUACAUCCUAGAAGGAGAGAGUGAAGGAGUGAAUGAAGAACAUGAGGUAUUACAGAUGGAGAAAAGACCCAGAACACAAGACACUCCAAUCUCCUGCAAUGACAUCUUUAAACCCUUACAUCAACCAGGACCUGAGAGUAAAGAAAAGAUGAGGACUGUUCUUACUAAAGGCAUUGCUGGAAUUGGAAAAACUGUCUCUGUGCAGAAGUUCAUUUUGGACUGGACAGAGGAAAAAGCCAAUCAGGAUGUAGAUUUCAUCUUUGUGCUUCCAUUUCGAGAGCUGAACUUGAUUAAAGAUCACCAGUACAGUCUUCACAGACUUCUGCUGGACUUUCACCCUGAACUUCAAGAUCUGGAAUCAAAGAUUUAUGAGGAGUGUAAAGUUGUGUUCAUCUUUGAUGGUCUGGAUGAAAGCAGAAUUACACUGAUGUUUUCAGAUGAUGAGAAAAUUUGUGAUGUGAAUGAGUCUUCAUCAGUGGGUGUGUUGAUGUCAAACCUCAUCAGAGGAGAGCUGCUUCCCUCUGCUCUCAUCUGGAUCACCUCCAGACCAGCAGCAGCCAAUCUGAUCCCCUCAAAAUGUAUCAACCGUGUGACAGAAAUACAGGGUUUCAAGGAGUCUCAGAAGGAGGAAUAUUUUAGGAAAAGAAUCAGUGAUGAGCAUCAAGCCAACAGAAUUAUCUCACACAUUAGAAGAUCAAGAAGCCUCAACAUCAUGUGUCACAUCCCCGUCUUCUGCUGGAUCUCAGCCACUGUGCUUCAGAAGCUCCUGGAACAAGAUGACCAUGCAGAAAUCCCUCAAACUCUGACUGAAAUGUACAUCCACCUCCUGCUAACUCAGGUCAACAUAAGAAAUCAGAAGUAUGAUGAGAGAAAUCCAGAGAAACUCCUAAAGUCCAACAGGGACAUGAUUGUGAAACUUGCUGAACUGGCUUUCAAACAGCUGAUGAAGGGCAAUGUGAUGUUCUAUGAGGAGGACCUGAUUGAGAGUGGCAUAGACGUCACUGACGCCUCAGUGUAUUCUGGGAUUUGCACUGAGAUCUUUAAGGGGGAAUCUGUGAUUCAUCAGAGGAAAGUCUACUGCUUCAUUCAUCGGAGUUUUCAGGAGUUUCUAGCUGCUUUGUAUCUGUUUUACUUCUAUGUAGUCAAAAAUGAGGAAUCAGUAACCUUGUUUCUACAUGAAGGAUUUCAGGGAAACUUUUUAGGAAGCUUUCUCUAUGAACUAACAGUUGAUAAAUCCAUACAGAGUGAAGAUGGACACCUGAAUCUUUUCCUGCGGUUCCUGUUGGGCAUAUCACUUGAGUCCAAUCAGAGACUCUUACAGGAUCUACUGACACACACAGUGGACAGCUCAGAGAUCAUCAAGAGAAUCACACAGUACAUCAAAGACAAAAUCAAAGAUGAUGAAGGUCUAUCAGCUGACAGAUGCAUCAAUCUGUUUCUCUGUCUGCUGGAAAUGAAGGAUCAGACUCUGUACAGAGAGAUUGAAGUGUUUAUGAAAUCAGAGAGUUCUUCAAAGAACAAACUCUCUUCAUCUCAAUGCUCAACAAUUGCCUACAUGCUUCAGAUAUCAGAGGAGGUGCUGGAUAGGUUUGAUCUGAAGAAAUACAACACAUCAGAUGAGGGUAGAAGGAGACUGAUACCAGCUGUGGUGAACUGCAGAAAAGCUCUACUUGGCGACUGUAAUCUCACUGGUCAGUGCUGUAAAAGUUUAUCUUCAUCUCUACAAUCAUCAAACUCACUGAGAGAGCUGGACCUGAGUCGCAAUAACCUGCAGGAUUCCGGAGUGAAGCUUCUGUUUGAUGGACUGAAGAGUUCACACUGUCAGCUAGAGAUACUGAGUCUUGCUGACUGUAAUCUCACUGGUCAGUGCUGUGAAAAUUUGUCUUCGUGUCUGCAAUCAUCAAACUCCUCAUUGAGAGAGCUGGAUCUGAGUCACAAUAACUUACGUGAUUCAGGAGUGAAGCUACUCUCUGAUGGACUGAAGAAUUCACACUGUCAACUCAACAUACUGAGAUUAUCUGGCUGUAUGGUGACAGAGGAAGGCUGUUGUUUUCUGGGUUCAGCUCUGAGAUCAAACCCCUCACACCUGAGAGAGCUGGAUCUGAGCUACAAUCACCCAGGACAAUCAUUAGUCAAGCUGCUCUCUGAUCCAAACUACAGACUGGACAAACUCAAUGUGGAUCAUAGAGGAGAGUUUAGAAUUACAGCAGGACUACAGAAAUAUGCAUGCAAUCUCACAUUGGAUCCAAACACAGCAAGCACUCAUCUCACUCUGUCUGAGAGGAGCAGAAAAGUAACACGUGUGACAGAGAAGCAGCUAUAUCCUGAUCAUCCAGAGAGAUUUGAGAGUCAUCAGGUUCUGUGUAGAGAAAGUCUGAUUGGACACUGUUACUGGGAGGCUGAAUGGAGUGGCGCAGGGGUUAACAUACCAAUGACAUACAAAGGAAUCAGCAGGAAAGGACAUGGUGAUAACUCAUUGUUUGGAUAUAAUGAAAUGUCCUGGAGUCUGAACUGCUCAUAUAACAGUUUUACUUUGUGGCACAAUAAGAAAACAGACAAAUCAGUCCCUUCACCUCGCUUUAACAGAGUAGGAGUGUAUCUGGGCUGGUCGGCUGGCAUUCUGUCUUUCUACAGCGUCUCUGACACACACAUAUUCGCACACUUACACACAUUUAACAGCACAUUUACUGAACCCCUCUAUGCUGGAUUUAGAUUUUAUUAUCCUGAUAGCUCAGUCUCUUUGUGUGAGAUUAAACGGCUUCCUGUAGCCCAGGACACAUCAAACCGAAGAUCAGCAUUCACAAGAAAAACACACAAAGCAGGCAAAGAACUUAACCUUAAUCCUCACACGUAACUUUAUCACUGACAACCACCUUGUUACUCCAUUAAAUUACUCUGUCUCGUCUUUCUCUACUUCUCUGUCACUCUUUUUUCAUGUUCACCAAUGACUCCUCUGUUCUCCUUUUGCUGAAACCUUCAUGUCUCCUCUACACGCUUCUCCUCCCCAUUGUCCUAAACAUCCUACCUUGAUAACAUUUUCUCACUUUCAGUUCAGUCACAUAUGCUCUUCACAACAGUAAAACCAAAUUAAGAGGAAAUGGUGCAAGACAAAAGACCAACUUGACAAAUCACCCAUUAUUUUCUUACUGGUCUGCUGCCUUUGACUCUGGAAACCAGCAGAUCCUUCUGUCCACCCUUUCUGACUUCAUCACAAGUUCUGCAUUUUGGUGCCUUUUUAUUCUUUCCUCGCAGGCAGAUCCUUCAAGUUUCCAUGCAGAGUCACAUCAGCUGGAUGGGGUUCUUGAAAGUUCAGUGCACACUCCUUUUAUCUGUUUACAAAACCUUACUGGGCUCAUUCAUACUGGUGCACAGCUUCUUCUACCACUGCUAUGCAGAUGAUACAGCUCUAUCUGUAAUUUCAACCUGAUGAUCCCACUGUCUCAGCUUAUAUAUCUGCCAUGUACUGUAUCUCUGAUGAAGAAUUUGAUGAGAAACAUAUCAGUUUGCCGUAUUUGAUUUUCAAAUUUUGUCAAAUCUUAGCACAGUUUAAGACAUUAAGAUCUCUUUUAAAUUUCUUUCGUCAUUUACAAAUUCCUAAUGAGCUCAAUCCAAACCUUGUAUGUUUCUUUAAAUUUGUACCUAAUUUAAUCUGUUAAUGACAAAAAUUAACUUGAGCGCUUAGAUAAGAGGUCUGUCUUAAAUUUAAUGUUAAAAAAUCUUCAUUAUGUAAAAUGAGUGUGAAAUCUUGUUUUUAGAGUGUGAAUAAUGGAAGUGAGUUCAGGCUGUGUAGUUAUGUACAGUAGUGUAGAUGUAAGAAAUAAAUGAGGUGAACAUAAUGGUGUAGAUGUCCUUCCGCAGAUGUGCUGGUGUAGAUGUAAUUCUUUGUUUUCAAAACCGCAGCUUUUUUUACAGGCAAAUGCAGUAUGAUGUCACUGAAACUGAACCUCUUUGAAAUGUACUGCCAGGAUGAAGAUUUCCAGAACCUCCAGUUGCAGUGUUUUUUUUUUGUUUGUUUGUUUUUUAAUUAUUAAUGCUCGAACAACAUAUACAUAACAAAAGUGCCAAGGGUAUACACAAAAGAUAUAAAAAGUACAUAUAUAUAUAUGAAGAGUUCAGAUGCAAAAGCCCCUAAAUCCAUCUGACAUAUUUCUUUAAAAUGAGCACUUCUUU